AUUCUUUCUUCUGCGUUAUCACCAACCCAUCUACCACCAUGAAGGAACACAGGGAAAGUGGUGAGAGCUCUUCGUCUUCCUCUAAAGAAGACGACCAGCCUUCUACCACCAGGCAGCAAGAAGAAAGGGCUGAGAUCCCUUCUUCCUCUUCUGAAAAAGACGAGGCGUCUACCACCAGGCAGCAAAAACAAAAUGAUGUGAUCUCUUUGUUCUGCGUUGGCACCAACCCUUCGUCUUCCUCUGAAGAAGACGACCAGCCUUCCACCACGAGCAGGCUGCAAGAAAAAAGGGCUGAGAGCCCUUUGUCUUCCCCUAGUGAAGACGAGCCUUCUUCAACUCUGAGGCAGGAAGAAAAAAGGGCUGACAGCUCUUCUUCCUCUUCUGAAGAAAAUGAGCCUUUUGCUCCAAUGCGCAUUCAGGAAUGGAGGAGUGAGGGCUCUUCGUCUUCAUCUUCUGAAGAAGACGAGCCUUCUACCACGAGGAGGCAGCAACAACAAAGUCCUGUGUCCUUCAUAGAGAUCAACCUUUCUACCACCUUGAGUCAGGAUGGACAAAGUGGUGGCAGCCCUUCCUCUACGUCUUCAUCUUAUGAAGACGACGAGCCGGCUAAUAGCUUUUUAUCUAUCCAUCUGAGUGCAAGAGGGAACUUAGGGGAUGCAAGAGUAAAAAGAAAAAGGGAGAGGUGCGAAGAGAUGAAGAACAAGAACCUGGAGGAGGAGAGGAAAACUUUUGGUCUGCUUUCAAGGAUUUACCUUUGGUGGCUCAACCGCAAGAUAGACCGCAUCGCUAGAGAAAUCCAGUCAACCGUCGUGGAUGAACGCGACCUCCUGCGUCACAGUCACCUCAGUAAUUCCGAGAAAACGGCAGAAAAAGAACGACUGCUUGACCGAAGGACGGAGCUGGUUGUGUACAAACGCAGACAAGAAUUUAAGGUGGAGAGGGAAGUGAGGAAGCAAAGACUGAAGGUGAAGAGGACGGAAGAAAAGGUUUUGAAGAUGGAGAAUAUCUCAGAGUUAUGCGACAACCCAGAAAGGCCAACGUCAGACAGGCGUAGACUUAACUUAUAUAGCAUUUAAGGGAAAAGGAGAGCAAUCAGAAAAAUGGCACAAAAUAGAAGGAGAUU